UUUAUUAUUAUGAAUGAAUCGACUUCUUCAAUAACUGGCGAAAAUGGAAAGACUCUCCCUGUUAUAUAUAACCACGUUUCAUCAUUUCUAACGAUGAUGAUGAUGAUGAUGAUGAUGAUGAUGGAUUGAAGAUUGAAAUAUCUUUCCUCAACCAGAUGGAUUUCCGAGAUGAAGAAGUUGUUGUGAGAUCUGGACCGAUGGAAGCAGCUGAGAUAGGGAACGCUACGGAAGUUCUUACUAGAGUAGACAUAGACUUAGACUGCUCCGGCGAGAAAUUGAGUAAUUUAGACAUGCUUUUGAUGCACGUUUUGUCUAGCGAAAAUGACCUGGAGGCCAUGGCUUUGGAUAAUGAGGACGGAUUUGUGGAGAAGGCACUGUUGUUUGAUCUUCUAUCUGGCAUUUUGGAAUCCGAAGUCAAUGAGCUAUCGGAUUUCCUUGAUGUUAUACAGGAAUUGGUUUUCGAUGCCAGACAGAAGAUUUCGAUAUUGUUUGAACAUGAAAGAGAUUUGUUUUUCACUAUGGAAGAUAAGUUGAAACAGUCGCAAGAUCAGGUCGACGAGAUUAAGAAACAAUCUGCUAAGUUGCAGAAAACAUCCUUAACUUUUAAGAACAAUGACUGCAAGACUGUUGAUAUGGAUAAUAAACCGAAAAUGCAGACAAUUGAACAGAAAAGGCAUAUCCUGAGGAUGUUGGAGAAAUCCAUAGCAAGAGAGAUUGAUCUCGAGAAGAAGCUGACUGAAUCGAAACAAAACGAAGAAGAUCUCAAGCUGAAGAUACGAUUAACACAACGAGUGGUUCUUUUCAUGGAGGAAACUACAGAAGUCGUUUGGGGAAGGUUUCUGGAGUCGGAUAUCGCUAGAGAAGUGCUAAUGGGAAUCUCAAAGGAAGUCGUUGGACGGCUUCAAAUUACCCAAUUCACCUUGAAUAAUCUGAUGAAACGGGAAGAUAAUUCCAAAUCCGAUCUCCAAGUUUCGUUGGAAAAGAUUAAAGACAGAGAAUCCGCUCUGUUAAAGCUCGAGAGCCACAAUUCCGAGCUUGUUGUAGAGAAUUCUAAAGUGAAGUUGCUUGAAGAACGGUUAAGAGAAUCCGAGUUGCAGCUGAAGAACACAAAAGCCUCUAACGAAGAACAUCUAGAACAGAUGAGGGAAAUGGAGAAUCUAAUUGAUUCCUUGAAAGAAAAUUUAGACAUUAUAGAAAGUAGAGCAGAGAGUGCAGAGACAAAAGUUGUGCAGUUAACCGAAACCAAUGUGGAACUCAGCGAAGAGACGAGUUUUCUCAAGAACGAACAAGAUAACAAUACGAAAAAGACAAGCUCCCUUGAGAAACAAGUAAGGAAAUUGGAGAAUCAGCUACAACAGGCGAAAGCAUCAUUUGAAGCUGGUCAAGAACAGCAAAACAUGCUGUACGCAGCUAUAUGGGAUAUGGAAACAUUAAUCGAGGAGCUGAAAUCUAAGGUUUCAAAAUCCGAAAUCAAGUCUGAUAAUGCAGAAGAGGAAUGCACUGUUUUAUCUGAAACUAAUUUACGUCUUAACAAUGAACUGACUUUCUUGAGGACUAAAGUAGAAAACUUGGAGACUUCACUUGAGCAAGCUAAUGAAGCAAAAGUUGAAGCCUCAAAGGAAAUCAAUUUGAGCAGUAAAUUUAUUAAGGACAUGGUCACACAGAUAGCCUUCGAAAGAGAGCGAAUAAAGAAACAGUUAUCUUCUUUAACAACAGCGAAUACGAUGUUGGUUGAAAAGUUGAGUAAAUCGAUAGGAGCCGAAACAUCAUAUGCAGAAGAAGUUGAGGAGGAUGAAACAAGAAAUGGAACAACAGAUCAAUUUAAGGAUAAGGACGACGCCCAGGAAUCUUCUUCAUCUAUGGAAUUGAAGGUGGCGAAAGUGGCGUCAGCAGGGCAACAGAUGUAUGUAUUUGUGGCAAUAGUAAUGUUAAUGCUGUCGAUCCUGGCGACUUAUUUGGUUCAGAAGAGAUCGUUCAACCCUUUGGAUGUUGAAGAAUAACAUUUUCAGACACAUCUCGAUGAAUAUAUUUGUAGCAGUCAUUUGUUUUUUAUUUGUUUGAUUGAUUUAGCUAGUGUGGUAUUGUGUGUAUAUACAUAAUCCAUUAUUUUCUGUUCUCUCAGGAGAGAACAAGGGUGUGUUUUUUUGAAAAUAUUAUGUUCAUUGU